AUGGCGCGAGAACUGAAAUCAGCGGCAGAGAACAAGGCGCUGGAAGACACCAAGGAUCACACCGAUCGCGUCCAUCAAACAUCUAGGCCAACUCCUCCGGCUGGACGGAAACUGGAGAGGGAUGGCAACACGUCAGUUGAAAAUACAGCAGCACCCUGGCUGGCGUGGUUCAGUGCUGGACACCUAGGUAAUUGGAAGCACGGCGCCCUGCUGCUCGGUGUGAGAGCCACAGAUGCCGGGACCUGGACCACCACUGUCACCACUGCCACCGUGAGUGAUCAGCAGCUGGACUGUGCCUUGGACUUAAUGAGGCGUCUGCCUCCACAGCAAAUCAAGGAAAACCUCAGGGACCUGAUCAACCUGGUCCCCAGUCUAUGUGAAGAUCUCUUGUCUUCUGUUGACCAGCCACCGAAAAUUGCCAGAGACAAGGUAGUGGGAAAGGAUUACCUCUUGUGUGACUACAUCAGAGAUGGGGACUCCUCUAGGUCACCAUGGAGUAACAAGUAUGACCCUCCUUUGGAAGAUGGGGCCAUGCCUUCUGCUCCUAGGAAGCUGGAGGUGGAAGCCAACAAUGCCUUUGACCAGUAUAGAGACCUGUAUUUUGAAGGCAGCAUAUCAUCUGUCUACAUGUGGGAUCUGGAUCAUGGCUUUGCUGGAGUGAUCCUCAUAAAGAAGGCUAGAGACGGAUCAAAGAAGAUCAAAGGCUGCUGGGAUUCCAUCCACAUGAUGGAAGUGCAGGAAAAAUCCAGUGGCCGUACGGCCCAUUACAAGCUGACCCCCACUGCAAUGCUGUGGCUACAAACCAACAUAUCUGGCUCUGGCACCGUGAACCUUAGAGGCAGCCUUACCAGACAGAUGGAGAAAGAGGAAACUGUGAGCGACUGCUCGUCACACAUAGCCAAUAUCAGGUGCCUAGUUGAGGUCUGUGAAGACUUUUGCAGACAAAUCAAAGCAAGAAGCUCUUAA